AUGAGUGGUCGUGUCAGACGGAUGCUUCGGGCGAGCAUUUUCGCGUAAACUAAUUGAUUUCUUCUAAUUAAAUUAUAGUGAAUCAUUGUGUAAGCAAUGCAAGUGUGAUGUGAGCCAUGCGAAUUAAUAUUGUGCAAAUAUACAGCGGAAAGACUCCAAAAUAGGGGAUGUAACAGGAAAAUAAAAAUGGCUUCAGGAGAUACUGAUCAUAUAGAAGUGAUGGACUCUUCGGCUACUAAAAAGUCUGAUAACGCAACUGGACCUUCGGGCGCGGAAGAAGAUGAUCGAGACAAGAGCUCAAUCGCUGAGAAAAAUGCACCGUACGAUCCUGCUGUGGGCCCCUCAGGGGCGAUCAGCAAGGUCCACAAGUCGGACAGAAAGAUCGGACAUCGUCGCGUUGGCGAGGGUGGCGAGAUCACCUACAAGAAGAUCCAGUCUUCCCAAAUUAUGGGAUCUAUACAGCUUGGAAUUCAGCAUGCAAUCGGCGGGCUAGCAUCCAAACCUGAGCGCGAUCUCCUCAUGCAGGACUUCAUGACAGUGGAGACUACGAACUUUCCCCACGAAGGCUCCAACCACACGCCUGCCCAUCAUUAUUCAGAGUUCAAAUUCAAGACUUACGCUCCAAUCGCCUUCAGAUAUUUUCGCGACCUGUUCGGGAUCCAACCUGAUGAUUUCUUAAUGUCGAUGUGCAGUGCACCGCUACGUGAGCUCAGCAACCCUGGAGCGUCCGGCAGCAUCUUCUACCUAACCAACGAUGACGAAUUCAUCAUCAAGACUGUCCAGCAUAAAGAGGGAGAGUUUCUUCAAAAACUACUGCCUGGAUACUACUUGAAUUUGGAUCAGAACCCACGUACAUUACUGCCAAAAUUCUUCGGUUUAUAUUGUUACCAGUGCAACAGCAAGAACGUACGACUCGUAGCGAUGAAUAACUUGCUACCGUCGUCCAUCAAACUACAUCAGAAAUACGAUUUAAAAGGAUCCACUUAUAAACGGAAGGCGAACAAAAGCGAACGUCAGAAGACGUCGCCUACGUACAAGGACCUGGAUUUCAUGGAACAUCACACUGAAGGUCUGUUCCUUGAAGCGGACACGUACAACGCACUCAUUAAGACCAUGCAGCGGGACUGUAGAGUGCUGGAGAGUUUUAAGAUCAUGGAUUACUCCCUCCUAGUCGGCAUACAUAACCUGGACGAAGCUCAAAGAGAGAAAACAGAGGCCAGGAAACGCACUGACUCAGGUCAGAGUGACGGUGAUGAUGCCGAGGGAGAACCACGGAAAGGACUGAAUAGGACGAGAUCUGAACAGGGCAAGGAGGAUUUCACCGCGCAAGUGAAAAGAACUCAGUCAAUAAACCGACAGCGAUUGGUGGCUCACUCCACCGCGAUGGAGAGCAUACAGGCUGAAAGCGAGCCUAUUGAUGAAGAGGAAGAUGUGCCUCCUGGCGGCAUUCCGGCUCGGAACGCGCGUGGCGAGCGACUCCUCUUGUUCCUGGGUAUCAUCGACAUCCUACAGUCGUACAGACUGCGCAAGAAACUCGAACACACGUGGAAGAGCAUGAUACAUGACGGGGACACCGUCUCAGUACACAGACCGAGUUUCUACGCGCAGAGGUUUUUAGAUUUCAUGGCUAAAACCGUUUUCAAGAAAAUACCUUCGUUGGACCUUCCUGAGAUCAAGGGGAAUCAUCGCAAAUUCCGAACGCUAGUCACCUCCUAUAUAGGUCUGACCCUGAAGCACUCGCCUUCGAAACGGAAGAGCAUCGCCAAACCGGCUAGGCCACAAGAAGAAAUUGACACGCCAGGAGCCGGAUCGAGUGGGGUCGCCAGCGUGAAAGCAGUUUCUUUAUCGGAUGUGACAGCACAUAUAACCCCGAUAUCGGUGACGUCACCGGUGUCCACGGCCGCUAAACUCACAAUGUCGUCGGCUAAGACGACGACGGCCGCGUCAGAGCCCGACAUCGCGUUCCCAGCUGUCUUGAAAGGCUCGCAAAAGCAGAGAGUCCCACCCCCAGUACCUCCAAGAGGGUCUCCUAAAGCUAAGCGAGGAGGCGCCGCCUCCCAAGCAUCUAGCAUCGACACGAAAGGCGGUGCGCCGUUGUCGUGUUGUUCUACACCACCACCCCCCUUCGAAGAGGCACCGCCUCCAAGAACGAGUCGCACUAACUCCUCGUCAACGACGUCAUCAAGCGCGUCAGGGAGACGCCGUGGUGCGUCUAGUGCUGCCAGUGUAAUGACUACGUCAUCUGCGUCGUCUCUGGCCUUGACGCCUGCAGCUUUGAGUAGUGCACGCAGUAAUGAUGCCAGUGUGUGUUGGACCCCACCGGCGUCUGUCGAAGGCUCCACCCCAACAUGGACUGAGGGCACGCCCAGUUUCACCGAGUCUAGUAGUAGUGAACAAGGCUACCCAAUAACACCAGCCCGUGGCGCCACGCCAUGUGACAGUCGCGAUGGGCGUCGCUCACCGCGUCCCCCUCCGCCACCCGCGCGUGCAAUCCCCCCCACCACCAUCAACUGUCUUACCAGCGAAGUGUUGCAUCUAAAAGAGAGAGUUGAGAAGGAUUACAAAUGAUUUAUGAUUGAACAUGUUUAUAAAAUGCUUAUAAAAUUGUUUAAGAUGCUAGCUUAUUAGGAACGGUUUCUAUAAUGGCAAUUUCAAUAACAGCUAAUAAUAUACAUACACGAUAUUCGGUGCUUCCACGGCGAAGAAAGCUUUUGAAAUAAUACCGAUUUUUUUAAACUUAGCAAUAAAUGGCGUUUAGCCGAAUCUCAAAAUUUAAGUCGUAAGUGUUGCAAAAUUAUCUUGUUGAAUAUAAUAUUCGUAAAGAUCGCUAGAUGUGUGUUGUAACGCCGUUUUUCGAAAAUAUAUAAAAAGAAUUGCCAAAAGGAACGGACCCAUUUUUUUAUUAAAACUUAAAUGAGAAAUGUUUUUUAGACUUAAACUUAGCUAUUGUGUAGUAAGUAAUAAUUUUAAUAUUAAUUUUUGUACUUUGAGACUUAUUUAAUAGAAAUUUAGUUAAUUUUUUUAUAGUUUAAAUUUUGGAUCUGUUAAAAAUAAUUGUAUUUUUUUUGCUGUAUCAGUUUUUUAAACUUAUGGCCGUUACCACCAGCCACAACUAAACGACGUUUACGCAUUACUACCUACUUGUACUAUUACUAUUAAUUGAAAACAAAAAUGUUAGCUACCUUAACUUAAGGGUUCCUUAUUUUGAAGAGGUUGGUGUAAACGGUAAUCUAUAUAUUAAAUAAGUCUCAAAAUAAGGUUUCGACUGACUUCAUCUAAAUCAUAUUCAGCAUUCGACUGAUGUCGUCACACAUUAGUGGAUUUAGAUAUUAAAACAGGGUGUUAUCAUGACAAAGGUAUGUGUGGAUAACGUGAAUAUAAAUAAUAUCUAUAUUAACACAACUUUGCACACCCUGUAUUUAAAUACCGGCUACCAACUAACCAUCGAGUAAAAAAUCAAUUUAAUCGAAUCGGCAAAUCGAGAUAUCGAUAAAUAUGAAAGACGCACAUUAUACAUGUCAAAAUAUUGAAUUAUAUCGAUCUACUUAAAUAUAGAUCCUUUUUGAAAAAUGCGUCUGAAUGUAGGGAUGUUGAAUUCUUUUCUAAAAUUGUUAUGAAACAUGUUUCGUAGUGUUCAAUUAAAUUAUGGCUAUAUAGAUACCGAUUACUUUAUGCUACCUGACUUAAAAGAUAUAAAAAUCGAAAUAUUUGGCAAAUCGAUAAAAAAAUGUAUUUCGAACGUAUGUCACUGUCAAAUAUUUAAAAACAAAUUAUAGUUUAAUUUUAUUUUUGUUAUUGCAACAUCCCUAUUUCUAAAUUACUACAAAGCCGGUAUUUAUAAUCGCAUUUCGAACAACUGAGAUAGGAAUUUAUUUAAUUAUUUUUUUUUGUAUAUCAAUUAGUGUAUGCGCGUCCAAUCGUUCGUAAGAAAUCAUAUCAAUUCGUUGCUAUAGUACAAAAACGAGUAAUUGAAAACAGAACUUCCUUUUUUUAAAUAUAACUGCCACGAGAUCCAGUGUUGCCAACACAAAGUCGACCAAAAUCUACCAAGUUUCGUAUUUAUAUAAAUUAAUAAUUUUUAAUGUAAUAAUUCAAGGUUGUCAGUUAACUAAAGCAAUUUGUUGUUCGCUUUUAAAAUACAUAUUAAUCCGCUUUCUUGUGAGUGUAAUACUAUUUAUCGACCGUAUGGGGAUCUGUAAGUAUUUUUACUUCAAACUCAUAUAUUUAUUCAAAUUCAUGUAUAGUUGACCGUGUUUUGUAAUAAAACAAAUAUAAUCGAAAUAAUACAACAGAUGUUAUAACCUAAAAAUAUAUAAUAAAACCGUAAUUUUUUUAAACAUAGUAUAAAUAUGUAGCGGUAAAAACAAUCGUAAAAGUACUUACAGAUUGGGUAUUAUUAUAUUAAAAUGAAACUUUUUUGUAAGUGGUGACCUUUCAUUGUUUGAAAUUAUAUUAUGAAAGUUAUUAUAAUAAUAAUAAUAAAUAAAUGUGUUCAACGUAGGAUCACUGUUGCAGUACAAAUUGUAUGUGUAGCGUGUAGUGUAGCUAUAUAUUUAUUUAUUAGUCACUUUAAUUACAAAUGUCAUCUGAAGGAUAUUUCUGUAUUAUGUAAAAAUUGUUGGUAAUUGUUUUCAUACAAACAAAAAAUGAUAAAAUAGACUUAUGUCCCUAAAUGGUUAUGUGAAAAAUAUUCCAAAAAACGUGUUAGGUACUAAAUGGUACUAUUUAGCAAAAUUGUACCUACAAAAUUGUUCGCUUUUUUAAACCAUCUACCGUAAAAUUUAUUGAGGUUGCAUAAAUAAAAAAAUAAUACUGGCAGCAGUCACAGCUCAUAAAAAUUUUACAUUACUAUAAUUAACAUCUGUCGCAUAGAAAGCUUAAGUUUAAAAUAAGCACAAUAUAAGACAUACAAAAUACUGUUAUGGAAGGCAAAUGUGCUGGCUGUUUUUCGCCAUAAUAGUGCCUAAAACGGACCCAGUGCAUAGCGUUUGGUCUUAUAUUAUAAUAAGACUUUUAUUAAAACUAGUUUUCCGCCCCCGGGUUUUCAAGUUUAGUCUAAAAAGAUCCUAUAUCAAUCUUCAGAUACAAAAAUAAUAUCAUAAAAGCGCUCUAAUGUAACGUGACAAGAUACAAAACAAACACUUUCGCAUUUAUAUUAUAAACCAGCUGAGUUUGCCGGGAGCUGAGCUGACCCGGCAAACUUCGUACCGCCUAAAAUGUAUUUUCUGCUGCUGAGCAAGGGGUCUCGGGUUCGAU